UUCAAAGCUACCAUUGGCCACCGUCUGUUGACAACAGGAAGUGUUUUCCAUUCACAUGACUCGCGUUAUGUGAAGCUGUCGCUCACCCACCCACAAAAGGAUUGCAAGAUGGCGAGUAACAACAAAUUCCAGAUUGUGGUACAAGGAGAAGCGUCUGAAACCGACUCCGACGAAGAAGUGUACCUGACGUCCCUGACCCCAGUACAUCCAUCUACCUCGGGUCAGAAAGUUCUGGGGGAAGCCUCGGAGACUGACAGCGAGGGGGAGGUCGAGAAAGCUUGCAAGGUCGCCCAUGCUGUCAGCUCCGAAAAUGUGCAGCCUCUCCGUUCGGAUCUACCACCUCUCAUUGUGAUGAGGUCCACGCCCGAGUUUGUGCCUGUCCCAGAGAAAGACUCUUUGAUGAGGCCGGAGCCAAUCAACCAAGAGAGCACUCUUCUCCAGCAGAAGCUGCAAGAGAGCAAUGGUCGACUUUGCAUCGACGUGGCGCAGACUUUCCGACAAGUUUACCAGAACGCGACCAGGGACGUGCGUCUGGCCACUACGAGCCUCAAUAACUCCCAGAGUGGAAUCAUCAACGCGUCUCACAGCAUUCGCAUAAUUCUGGACGACCUGAAGUCUGUGACUGAAAAGAUUGAAAUUAUUACGAGUUGUAAUAUACUCCCUGAUAUCACAAUACCAGCAGGAGUGCCAGGACAGUAAUGCAGAUGGACUAUAGGCUUAAUGUAAUUCAAACCAACAGGGUUGUUUUCUUUUUUUGUAGUUUUCUAUUUAUUAUUUUGCUAGAGCUGCAAUGCAUACAAUCUGAUGGACUGAACAAGUGGGCUAAUUGCAGACAAUCCUCAAUCAGAGAGCUGACUUGAUUGUAUUAGCCUACUGCUUACAAUGCACAUGAUCCAUAGACUGUGAAUGAAAGCUAUUUAUACGAGACUCUAGUGCCUAUCCUGGGAAAAUGAAUUGAUGUUGGAAAAGGCAUGACUAUCUUUUUCUAGCAUGUAGGCCUAUAUUUUUCUUUCAGUGUUGGUUGGACUAAUGGCAGCAUUUUGAAAGAUAGUCAAAACAUCCAAUCCACUAUUUGUUUAUGUCUACAGUUUGUCCAAAUAAAUCAGUAACACAUGUUG